AUGACAUUGCAGAGAGAAGAACCUACCCAUUUCGGUGCGGGCCCUGCACAAUUACCUACUGAGGUGUUGCAACAAUCUGCAAAAGAUUUGAUCAAUUUUAACAAUCUUGGGUUGGGUAUCGGCGAAAUUUCUCACCGUUCCAAGGAUGCUACCAAGGUAAUUGACGAUGCAAAGGCUCAUUUGAAAGAGCUCAUGAACAUACCAGAUACUCAUGAAGUGUUUUUCAUGCAGGGUGGUGGCACCACAGGAUUUUCAUCCAUCGCAUCGAAUUUGUCCGCUGCUUACUUGGGUAAGACUGGUAAAGUUGGAACUGCAGGGUAUUUGGUCACUGGGUCCUGGUCACAGAAAUCCCUCGAGGAAGCAAAAAGGCUAAGAGUGCCAACUGAGGUCAUCUUCAAUUCAAAAGAUUAUAACAAUGGUAAAUAUGGCUCUAUACCACCAGAAUCCGAAUGGGCCGGUAAAGUCAAGGAUGGCCAGUUCUCAUAUGUGUACCUUUGCGAAAAUGAAACCGUGCAUGGUGUUGAAUGGCCAAGACUACCUGAAUGUGUUACUUCGAAUCCAGAUAUUGAGCUUGUUGCUGAUCUGUCAAGUGAUAUUUUAUCACGGGAAAUUCCAGUGUCGCAAUACGGUCUAAUUAUUGCUGGUGCGCAAAAGAAUAUUGGGCUUGCGGGAUUGACGUUGUACAUUAUCAAGAAGUCAAUCUUGGAAGAUAUCAAGAAAGCAUCAGAGGAGGAAAUACAUAAGGCGGGUUUGCCAAUUACCCCAAUAGCCUUUGAUUUCCCAACCGUUGUGAAAAAUAACUCCGCCUACAACACUAUCCCAAUAUUUACUCUUCAUGUCAUGGACUUGGUUUUUCAACAUUUACUAAAGAAAGGUGGUGUCAAAGCGCAACAGUUCGAAAACGAGAAAAAGGCAGAUAUUUUGUACACAUCUUUGGAUCAGUUCCCAAACUUUUACAAUAUGCCUGUUGACAAGUCUUGCAGAUCAAAAAUGAAUGUUGUAUUCACUCUAAAGAAGGAAGGUCUAGAUGAAAAAUUCUUAAAAGAAGCUGCAGAGUUGAACCUAACUGGGUUGAAAGGUCAUCGUUCUGUUGGUGGCUUCAGAGCCUCUAUUUACAAUGCUUUAUCUGUUGAAAGUGUUCAAAAAUUAGCUAAUUUUGUUAGAGAAUUUGCUGAAAAAAAUGCCUAA